AUGCAUAGCCGUUCUUUUUCUCACGCUAACGAUGAAAUUAGUGGGUCUGUUAAGUGCCAUACUCUAUACACGCAUAGCCGUUCCUUUUCUCACGCUAACGAUGAAAUUAGUGGGUCUGUUCAGUGCCACACUCCAUACACGCAUAGCCGUUCUUUUUCUAACGCUAACGAUGAAAUUAGUGGGUCUGUUAAGUGCCACACUCUAUACACGCAUAGCCGUUCUUUUUCUCACGCUAACGAUGAAAUUAGUGGGUCUGUUAAGUGCCACACUCUAUACACGCAUAGCCGUUCUUUUUGUCACGCUAACGAUGAAAUUAGUGGGUCUGUUAAGUGCCAUACUCUAUACACGCAUAGCCGUUCUUUUUGUCACGCUAACGAUGAAAUUAGUGGGUCUGUUAAGUGCCACACUCUAUAUACGCAUAGCCGUUCCUUUUCUCACGCUAACGAUGAAAUUAGUGGGUCUGUUAUGUGCCAUAAUCUAUACACGCAUAGCCAUUCUUUUUCUCACGCUAACGCUGAAAUUAGUGGGUCUGUUAAGUGCCAUACUCUAUACACGCAUAGAAGUUCCUUUUCUCGGGCUAACGACGAAAUUAAUGGGUCUGUUAAGUGCCAUACUCUAUACACGAAUAGCCGUUCCUUUUCUCACGCUAACGAUGAAAUUAGUGAGUCAGUAAAGUGUCAUACUCUAUACACGCAUAGCCGUUCCUUUUCUUGUGCUAACGACGAAAUUAGUGUGACUGUUAAGUGCCACACUCUAUACACGCAUAGCCGUUCUUUUUCUCACGCUAACGAUGAAAUUAGUGGGUCUGUUAAGUGCCAUACUCUAUACACGCAUAGCCGUUCUUUUUCUCACGCUAACGAUGAAAUUAGUGGGUCUGUUACGUGCCAUACUCUAUAUACGCAUAGCCGUUCUUUUUGUCACGCUAACGAUGAAAUUAGUGGGUCUGUUAAGUGCCACACUCUAUAUACGCAUAGCCGUUCCUUUUCUCCUGCUAACGAUGAAAUUAGUGAGUCAAUUAAGUGUCAUACUCUAUACACGCAUAGCCGUUCUUUUUCUCGUGCUAACGACGAAAUUAGUGUGUCUUUUUUAUUUCACUCACUAUCUACUUUUUAUUUUCUUUCUUUCAUUCUUUCUCCCUUGCUUUCUUUCUUUCUUUCUUUCUUCCUUUCUUUUUUCUUUCUUUCUUUCAUUCUUUCAUUUUUUUCUCUCGUUCUUUAUUUAAUUUUGUCUUUCUUUUUUUCAUUCUUUCUUUCUUUAUUUAUUUCUGUCUUUUAUUCAUUCUUUAUUUAUGUCUUUCUUUCUUCCCCUCUUUCUUUCAUUCUUUCUUUAUUCAUUUCUGUCUAUCUUUUUUCUUUCUUUCAUUCUCUUUUAAUUUCUGACUUUCUUUCUUUCUUUCUUUCUUUCCUUCUUUCGAUAUUUAUUUCUGUUUUUCUGUCUUUCUUUCUUUAUUUCCACCUUUCUUUCUUUCUUUCUUUCUUUAUUUAUUUCUACCUUUCUUUCUUUCUUUCUUUCUGUCUUUCAUUCUUUCUUUAUUUCUACCUUUCUUUAUUUCUGUCUUUCUUUCUCUCUUCCUCCAUUUAUUUAGUUAGUUAUUUAUAUAUUUCUGUCUUUCUUUAUUUCUUUUUUUUCUGA